CUCUGCCUCUCCCUGCCAGGGUGCGUCCCUGCUUCACCCCCGCACCUCUCUCUGGCUCUCAUGGGGACCACCGAAGCCACACUCCGGAUGGAAAACGUGGACGUGAAGGAGGAAUGGCAGGACGAGGAUCUCCCCAGGCCGCUCCCAGAAGACACGGGGAUGGACUUGCUGGGCAGCCCGGCGGAAGACACGUCCUCUCCCCCCGGCGCGCUGAACUUCGGGGCUCACCGGAAGAGGAAGACGCUCGUGGCCCCCGAGAUCAACAUCUCCCUGGAUCAGAGCGAGGGCUCCUUGCUGUCCGACGACUUCCUGGACACCCCAGAUGACCUGGACAUCAACGUGGACGACAUCGAGACCCCCGACGAGACCGACUCGCUGGAGUUCCUGGGGAAUGGCAAUGAGCUGGAGUGGGAAGAUGACACUCCCGUGGCCACCGCCAAGAACAUGCCUGGGGACAGCGCGGAUCUGUUCGGGGACGGGACGGCAGAGGAGGGCGGCGCGGCCAACGGGCGCCUGUGGCGGACGGUGAUCAUCGGGGAGCAGGAACACCGCAUCGACCUGCACAUGAUCCGGCCCUACAUGCGGGUGGUCACGCACGGGGGGUACUACGGCGAAGGGCUCAACGCCAUCAUCGUCUUCGCCGCCUGCUUCCUCCCAGACAGCAGCUCCCCGGACUACCACUACAUCAUGGAGAACCUCUUUCUGUACGUCAUCAGCAGCCUGGAGCUCCUGGUGGCUGAGGACUACAUGAUCGUGUACCUGAACGGCGCCACGCCACGGCGGCGCAUGCCGGGCAUUGGCUGGCUGAAGAAGUGCUACCAGAUGAUCGACAGGAGGUUGAGGAAGAACCUGAAGUCCCUGAUCAUCGUCCACCCCUCCUGGUUCAUCCGGACCGUGCUGGCCAUCUCCCGGCCCUUCAUCAGCGUCAAGUUCAUCAGUAAGGUCCAGUACGUGCACAGCCUGGAGGACCUGGCGCAGCUCAUCCCCAUGGACCACGUCCAGAUCCCGGACUGCGUCUUCCAGUACGAGCAGGAGAGACUGCGGGCCCGGAGAGAGAGUGCCAGGCCCCAGCCGGAGUUCCUUCUGCCCCAGGCCGACGAGAAGCCAGAGGUGGCGCCAGCAGAGAACAGCAUGUCUUGAGGAAACGGCGCGGGGAGGACAGACUCCGAGAACUCUCUGCCAGGCACCCUCGGCCCGGCUGCCGCCUGCCUCAUCCCGGAUCCCACUCUUCCCGGGUGCCCGUCUCCACCCGUCUCUGAAACCCUGUGUCCUCAGCUGCUUGAACACGUGUUUCUGUUUUAAUGAUGCAGUAUUAGUACAUUCUGGAAAAGGGGCCGUGCCCAGCCCAGGGAAGGGAGAAGUGCGGGGCGUGGCCUCUGUGUCUGCUGCUCCCAGCCCCGGGCCUCAGACAUGCCUCCUGCGGUCCCAGUGGUCCUGGCCCACACUGGACAUGAGCUCCAAGAUCCUCUUCUGUCGUCUCCCGUCCCGGGUGGCGCCGCAGACACCCGGGCCAGGUCUGGAGCAUUUCUGUGCCUUCCCGUCCAGAACACGGCCGGGCCUGGCAGCUCGGCGCCCCGCAGGGCCACGCCCCAGCUCUCCCAGACCUCUGGUUCACUCCCAUGGUUUUCCACUUGCCCUGCUCCCUCUGCCUGCUAGGAUGCUCACUUCCUCCAGGAACGCCGGAGCCCGGAGCACAAGUGAGCCACUGCUCGUCAUUCUUGUCUUACACUUCCAAAAGGCACCCUCACUCUAGAACAUUCCACACCACAGGGCAGUCCCAGCCAGUACCCCCUCCCAGGGGAUGUCCCCCAGCACCGAGGAGCAGGGCACAGGCUCUGCUGGCUCUCACCGAGAGCAGAGGCUGAGAAGUGGCUCAGAAACAGGCAGCCCUCAGGGCCAGCUCCGUGGCCCGGUGGCUAAGGCAGCUGGAUCCCUACACAGCUGACCUUGCGGUUCGAGUCCCGGAUCUGGCGACUUGAGAAACACCCGAGCACACGU